CAGGAUGGACAGCAUGAUAAAAAGAGAAUUUAAAAACUUCACGCGACAGUUUUUUUUCAUCUAUAAAUGGCCGACUAUGGAUUGCACCAUUUCAUCCACUAUAAUCGAGUUUCAUGAAGUAUUCCCACAUAAUCAAAUAUGGCCGCCAAAUUGAACGGAAAAGAAUUGAAAAAGUUCACUGAAUUUGGUCGAAAAAUAAUUGGCGUGGGACGUAAUUAUCGAGAUCAUGCAAAAGAACUUGGAAACAGUGUUCCUGAAACUCCAUUGCUAUUCUUAAAACCUGCCACAGCUUACAUUCAUGAAGGGAAAGAGAUAAAGAUUCCUCAAGGAAGCGAAGACUUUCAACACGAAGUUGAGCUUGGCGUUGUGAUUGGUAAAAAUGGUACAAAUGUUGAUGAAAAUCAAGCCAUGAAUCAUGUAGGAGGCUAUGUUCUAGCAUUGGAUAUGACUGCGCGAGAUUUUCAACGCGAAGCAUCAAAAAAUGGACAGCCAUGGCUGUUUGCUAAAGGUUGUGAUACUACAUGUCCUGUCAGUGAUUUCAUCCCAAAAGAUAAAGUUUCUGACCCACAUAACCUACGACUUUGGUUAAAGACAGACGGUGUCAUGAAGCAAGAUGGAAAUACCAAAGAUAUGAUAUUUCCAAUAAAUUUCUUAAUAAGUUACAUCAGUAAUUUUGUAUCCUUAGAAACUGGAGAUCUUAUUUUAACUGGAACUCCUGCUGGUGUGUCUGCAGUCGUGGCUGGUCAGCGAAUUACCGCCGGCUUAAACGAUCUAGUAGAGAUGAGUUUUAUUGUUAAGUAAUUUCUUUUGCUUUGCACAAUUACAAGUUUUCGUCUUCAAAAUCAAUGCCAGUAAAGAAAAAAUUGCGAGUCAGGACUAGAAAAGCGUGCUCGUAACGCUACUGCAAAAACAUUUCUUUCGUAUUAUGAUCCUUCAAACAUUCUACAUCAUUUGUCUACAUUCAAAGUUCACUUGGUUAAAAAUGUUUAGAGAGAAACCAGAAUUAUAUUAUAGUUGAAAAUAAUAGUAAAGUAUCAGUUAUGAAGUUGAAAAACAAUAAAUCUGAGCUCGUAA